AUGGAUUUGACUCCGCGAUCCUCCAUUACUACUCUUGACGCAACACGUUCCUCACCUGCGCAUGCGUCGGCGACGGGAACUGGGUCUAAAGGAGGGAAGUUUCCUCAUAACGACUCUGAAUGUAAGGAGAUUCAUCCUCGUCAUCCAAGAGUUGUUAAUCAUAUUCUUCAUACAGCUCAUGCCGACCCCAACAUGGUGACAUGGGACGGUCCAGACGAUCCCAUGAAUCCUCAAAACUGGCCAAAUAGCAAGAAAUGGGUUGUCACCGUUGUUAGCGUCAAUUUAGCGUUAUCUGUUUCUUUCGCAUCCUCCGCUCCCACAUCCGCUUUUGCUGAGACAGUACGCGUAUUCAACAUCAACAGUGAAACCGCCUAUACAAUCGUAACUGUUUUCUUGCUGGGUUUUGCAAUCGGUCCAACAUUCUGGGGACCCGGAAGUGAGCUCUACGGUCGACGUCCUGUCAUAUUGGGAGCGAUGUUCGCGUACAUCUUAUUCCAUCUCGGACAGGCUCUAGCUCAUAAUAUCCAGUCGCUAUUAGUCUGCCGAUUCUUCUCAGGCUUCUUUGGUGUAGCACCUCUUGCCGUUGACGGAGGUAUAUUUGCCGAUAUAUGGCCUGCGAUUGGUCGAGGUCCUGCCGCGAGCCUCUUUGCUACCAGCGUCUUCCUUGGACCUGUCCUCGGGCCCCUCGUUGGUGGUUUUAUCGCCAGCAGCUCAGUGACAUGGAGAUGGAUAUACUGGGUGAUGAUGAUGUUUGCUGGUGCAUGCACUGCCAUCGCUGUCAUCUUCCUUCCUGAAACGAAUGCGUCCGUCAAACGUCUAAGAAAGGAAGAUCCCGAAAACAAUGCCGACCUGUUCGCCGAGCAUGAAAUAGAAGACUGGUCAAUUAAAGGAAUAGCACAGCGGACCCUCUACCGACCGUUCAAGAUGCUUAUGCUGGAACCUAUUCUUGUUCUUGUGACGAUCUACAUCUCAGUUGUAUAUUCUGUUCUGUAUGCAUUGUUUGAGGCUAUUCCCAUCAUCUUUGUCGAGACCCGUGGCUUCACUCUUGGGGAAAACGGACUGAUCUUCAUCGGUAUCGGGAUUGGUACAACACUGGGGGCUAUAAUCAAUAUCCUCUGCUCCCUGCACUAUCCAGAGUUGGUGCAUAAGUGGAAGGGGUAUCCGCCGCCCGAAGAACGCCUUUAUGGUGCGAUGAUAGGUGCACCGUGUCUUAUAAUCGGCGCCUUUUGGCUCGGGUGGACAGGACAGUACGAGAGCAUCAAGUGGUACGUUCCGGCCAUCAGCACGAUCUUCAUCGGGGUUAGUAUAAGCCUUAUAUUCAUGUCAUUCCUGAGCUACCUGCUGGAUGUGUACUUGAUCUAUGCUGCGUCUGCGUUUGCCGCCAACACUAUCAUGCGUUCUCUCAUAGCCGCCUCAUUUCCGCUUUUCACUGUCCAGAUGUACCACAAUUUGGGCAUAAACUGGGCAUCUACGUUGAUCGGUCUGAUUGGUGUGGUGCUAGCGCCCAGUCCUUUCCUCUUUUAUAAAUUCGGCAAACAGAUCAGGAAGCAUAGCAAGUUCGCGCCAUGUAUCGAUCUUGAAAUUGAGAAGCAGCUAGAAUUAGAGGCCACUCAGGGGGAGAAGGCAGUAUAA